AGUAAUCUGCACACACUCACAUGGGAAGCAUCGGCGCGAUCCUGCACUUUCGAAAAUCAAGGGCUGUACGGCCGAGUAGGCAGGUGCAAACUCAAAAUGGCGUCGUAGAGGGAUUUCGUUUGGACAUCGGUUCUGGUAAAGACGUUGACCUUUUUCUAGGAAUACCUUUUGCUAGCCCUCCAUUGGGCGAACUUCGUUUCAAGAAACCACAACCUCCGCAGAAUUGGGAAGGAGUACGUAAAUGCGUAACAUUCGGUCCACGUGCUCCACAAGCAGAUUUUAUAUGGGAACGAAUCACAUUGGGAAGGAAGAGUGAAGACUGUCUCUAUCUUAAUGUCUUCACGCCCACAUGGAAAUCAGAAGAAGACGAGGCAGGUCAUAGCGUCAUGGUUUACGUCCAUGGGGGAGGUUACCUGAUAGACUCUGCAGUCAAAUAUGGUGACAAAGGAAUAGCAAAAUAUCUUUGUCGACACAACGUCGUUGUGGUUACCAUACAGUAUCGCCUAGGAUUACUAGGAUUCUUUUCAACUGGUGAUGAUGUAUGUCCUGGAAACCUCGGUCUAUGGGAUAUGACUAUGGCUUUGCAAUGGGUUCAUGACAAUAUCAAGGCCUUUGGUGGAAAUCCAAACAAAGUCACAGUGUUCGGGCAAAGCGCCGGCGGAGCUAGUGUCGAUAUAUUGGCUCUUAGUCCUCAUUCCAGAGAUUUAUUCCAACAAGUGGCGCCCAUGGCUGGCAAUGCAGAAUGCACUUGGAGUACUGUAAAUCGAACGAGGCUCGUAGAGUCUUGCAAAGAAUUUGCACGAAGAAGAGGAUGGCAAGAUACCCAAACAAGUGAGAGCAUGUUAGAGCACCUCAAAAACCGUAAAGUCAGGGAAUUCGAGAGGCGCCUUAUUACUGCAAAGGGUAUGGAUGUGUCAAAAAUUGGCCUCGACUUGGCGCCAAGCGUUGGCAUAGCUCCAGAAGAUUUCCUUCCAAAAAGCAUUGAUGAAUUGCGGGCAGAAGCCCCUAAAAAGAGAUGCCUUAUCGGGACCUGCCAACACGAAGGGCUUCUUUUUGCAACGCUAUCCCCUGGUAAUUUCAAUAUGAAAGGAUUUGAAAAGUUGCUGUCUAUAGUCAUUACUCCCGAAAAUCACGCGAAUUACGAGGAUUUGCGCAGGCAAGCAAGAGAACUAUAUCUGCAUGGGGUAAAUCUUGACAAUAAAGUUGAAGUAGCCAAGGCUUACGUAAAGUUGUACAGCGAUCUUUUUGUGAAUAAUGGCACCUACAACUAUGUUGACAAGAUGACUCAAUUAGGAAAUCGUGUUUAUUUGUAUUCCUUCGAGUACUUUAAUCCGCAGAGUUUUGGAAUACUUUCGGUGCGAAUGCCAUUCAAAGGAGCAACCCAUUGUACUGAGCUUACUUAUCUAUUUGGUGUUUCUAUCAUAUUUGGAUUCCAUUUUACUGAAGCAGAUCAUAAAAUGAUAGACUUGAUGACGAGGAUGUGGACCAACUUUGCGAAAUAUGGUAACCCGAAUGGCCCGUACGAAGAUUCAACCAUGCUCGACUUUCUAUGGGAGCCAACGACGAAGUCCGAUUGUGCAAAAUACCUGAGAAUCAGUGAGAAGUGCGAAAUGAGAUCUAACUACGAAGAGAAAAGAGCUGAGUUUUGGAAGAACAUACGCAUCACCUCUAAAGGCUGUUAAAAAAUUUAUUUUUGCGUAAUUUUCCCUUUCAUCAAUAAUUGCUCAUUAUGAUAUGUAUGGAUGUAUCUUACAGUCAUUUCACAUAUAUCUGAAAUCAUUUUUUAUUGUACUGGCUAGCUGUACACGGGUUUGAAUUAUAUCUGGUCAUAUUAAUAAGAGAUGAGUAUCUGUGCA